CCGCGUCUCGCACGCACGCGCGCGGUCGCGCGCGAGCGAGCGUCGAGCGCGCGCGCGCGUCGCGCGCGGGUCGAGCGGCGGCGCGCGGGGCGCCGUCGAACGCGCGCGAGGCGACGCGAAGUCGAAAUCGAAUUCGGAGUUCCAUUGCUCCGACCGCGACCAUGGGCGCGCGCCAAGGCGGGAGACGGCGCGCGGCGAAGCCGGGAGUGGCGAAACAGGCGAAAUCGGGACCGCCGAGGGGGGCGACGACGUCGCGCGUCGUCGCGAUCGAGGGCGCGAUCGAGGGGGCGUACGCGGCGAUCGAGGACGGUCGCGUCGACGAGGGCCUCGCGACGCUGCGCGCCGAGGCGAAGAAACAUCCGAAUGAUGCGUCGCUGGCGGAGACGCUGGCGAUGACGCUCGCGGAGUUUGGAACGCAAGAAGAGGCGAUCGCGGCGCUGAAACGAGCGGCGAUGCUGUCGCCGACGGAAGGGUACGAAAAGUUUAUGUAUCUGGGGCAGUUGCUGGACGACGGCGAGGCGGCGACGAAGUGUACGAGACAAGGGUUGGCGAUAUUAGAGGCACAGGCGCACAAGGGUGAUGAAGACGCGCAAGGUGCGCACGCUUCGGCGUGUUGUGCGCUGGCGGAGCAAAUUCUCGGGACGGCUGAUGAGAUGGACGCGGAGACGAGCGCUCAGGUGGAGGAGUUGAUAAAUCGCGCGAAAGCGAGCGAUCCGGUCUCGGCGGAGCCUUUGCAGCUGUUAGCGAGCUUGAGAAACGAACAAGGAAAAACCGACGAAGCGCUGAAGAUUUUGAAGGAAUCCAUACAGAUGUGGCGUCAAGGGGCGAUGCAUCGGGACGAGGACGAAGAAAACGGCGCCGAAGAGUUUCAACACGAGUUCAACGUAUCUUUUGAGUUUAGGUUCGAGACCGCCAAGCUGUUACUUGAACUGGACACCACGACCGAGAUUGCUAUCGACAUUCUCUGUGAACUUCUUCGCGAGCGUGACGACAACGUUGACGUUUGGUACAUGCUCGCGUACGCGCAUCACGGCGCGCUCGAGUUUGACGUCGCGUUGGAACACUUGGAACAGGGCGAAGAGAUAGUGCGUCAACGCGGGGGCGACGAAGCGGCGUUGGAGAUGUUUGAAGAACUGCGCGCGGCGAUCACGGAAUCGAAAGCAACGAUCGAAAGUGGCAAGGGUCCGGCCGACAUGGAUGCGGAUUAAUAGCGAAAUGAUUUUCGCGUUCGUGGA